AUGGAAAAUAUCGAGUUUUGGAUUAAGGUGUUUGAGUUGUUGUUAUUUUUAGGCGGGAUAGAAUUAAAUCCCGGCCCUGUUGAUCGUACUCCGCCACAAUCUCAGAUUCAAUCAUCGGCAUCCACAGCAAAACGACAUCGAUCUCCGAGUGAACCUUCAUUGAAAACGGCGAGAUUGGAAGAUUUCUUCCCUUCAAGGUUAGAGUCAAGUAAGUCUAUUCCUAGGGAGGUUAUUUCAUAUUUGGAAGACCGAUUUGAUAAGCUUUUUUCGACGUUAAAUGAGGUUGUUACGAAGAUAGAUUGGUUGGCUAAUUUACAUAAUGAUCAUGACCGGCGUUUAACUCAGUUAGAAGUCAAACUAGGAGAGUUUUCUAAAUUAAAAGACGAUUUGCAACGGGAAAACAGUUUGAUUUUACAUUCUUUGGACAAGGUAUCGAAUGAAAUGAGAAAGAAAAAUAUCUUAAUUAAAGGUUUGACUGAUGAUGAUUCUGAUUUGAAUAGGAAGGUGCAAAACCUAUUUUAUACAUUGACAGGUGAAUCAAGACCUAUUCCAAUGGUUAAGGUAGUGAAAUUUAAUCGAUCAGAUACGGUAUUGGUGGAGUUGCAAUCAUUUGCAGACAAGAAAUUGAUUUUUGCUAAUCUUGGAAAGAAAAAAGGUAACGAGGCAUUAAAAAAUAUACAAAUUUUUGAUGAUUUAUGCUGGCGCUCAAGAUUGAGACGGAGAAAGCUUUUGCCAUUUCUACAUGCUUAUAGGUUGGAAGGCAGGCGAGUUCGAUUGUUGGCUGAUGUUUUACAGGUUGCCUCUGAGAGAUUUACCUAUGAUUUGGCUAGAGGAGAAUUACUGAAACUCGAUUUUUUAGUGGAAAACCGUGUGGUAGAUUCUCAAAUUGUUCCCUCUUCGAUUCAAGGAAGUGUACAGUUGGAUUAA